AAUGCAUCUAUUCGCUUCAGUCCUAAGUAACAAGACUGCUAUCAAAGAUGCGUGUGUUAGCUUGCUUCGUAGUUGUCGCUCUGGCAUAUGCCGUUCAAGGAGCUCCAUCUCCUCGUAUCGUCGGCGGUAAAGAUGCUCCUAUCGGUAAAUAUCCGUAUCAAGUUUCAUUAAGAUAUAGCGGCUCGCAUAGAUGCGGUGGAUCUAUCCUGAAUAACCGUAAUGUGUUAACCGCAGCACAUUGUGUCAAAGGACUGGAAAAUUCGCUGAAUAACUUGAAGGUCCAUGUCGGCACAAACUUUUUGAACGUAUCAGGAGACGUUUAUUCUGUAGCGAAUGUUACCAUCAACAAAGCCUACGACAGUUAUUUGCUUAUCAAUGAUGUCGCUUUGAUCCACCUUAAAGCUCCUAUUGUAUACAACAAGCUAGUGCAACCAAUAAGUAUUUCGAAAAGUGAUAAAGAUCUUGAGGGCAAGCCAUGCACGUUAACCGGUUGGGGAACUACAAGGGUUGGUGGAAGUGCUCCGAAUAACUUGCAAGAAAUUGAAUUGUUAGUUUACCCGCAGAAAGAAUGUGAAAAAGUACAAUGGAGAGUGAAACCUUCUCAUAUCUGCACUUUCACUGAAGAAGGACAAGGGGCGUGCCACGGUGAUUCCGGUGGACCUUUAGUGGCCAAUGGAACUCAAAUUGGAAUCGUUUCCUUCGGUAAUCCCUGCGCGCUUGGAUAUCCGGACGUCUACACAAGAGUAUCCAGUUUUAGAACAUGGAUCAUCACGAAUAUGAAGAAUUAAAGGAUAUUAAAUUUAAUUUCUUUAUUGAAAUUGAAGUUAUUUUGUCAUACAUGAUUUAUAAUUUGGUUACUAAUCCGACUUAAACAAAUUUCUUCUGCAAAAUGUAUUUCCUGUAUUAUUUUUUUCAAGAGUUAAAUAAAUUACUAAUACAAAUAACAAAACAAUAACAAAGU